CCCACAGCUCCAUGGCUGCGCCAGAGUGUGGGUGGCGAAGGAAAUGUUUUACAUGUCUUAGAGGAUGGCAAUGAAGUGCUGAUCAUGGAGAUGGUUUCUGGAAAACUACAAGUUGUUGCAGGUACAGCAGAGAGAUUAUUUAUUAAACUGGCCGAUGAGACCGCCCAAGAUAUGGACUAUGUGGAUACCUACUUGCUUUGCCAUUCGUAUUUUUGCAGUCCCGCCGAGUUGCUGGAGAACUUAAUGGCCAGGUUUCAUUUAGAAGCUACGCCAGGUGAAGCAGACUACUUUGAAAAGUGGCAGCGCACUAUUCAAGUCAAGGUGCUUAAUGUCAUUUCACGAUGGCUGAAGCUACAGUAUGAGGAUUUUCAGUGUAAUGAGAUACUGCUGCAGCGACUACAGGCGUUCUUGGACGGCGACAUCCAGAGAGCUGGAUUUAGGUCAGAAGCCGCAUUACUCAGAGAGUCGAUUCAGCUACAAUGCGCUCGUCACGCUCGUCCCGUUCAUACCCUCAUCACCGUGGCCGCUGAUCCGCUUCUUCAAACCGAUCGAUACUUACAUGCCUCAUCUAGUCCGAAAACCCCAUUGCCUAAAUCCAGCACCAAAAGCAGCUUUGUCUCCCGUCGACCGUCUGGAGCAUCCAGCAUCUUUUCGUUCGUCUCCAGUAUCACCACCCCGCCUGAAUCACCCACUUUACCCAACGUCUCCUCGACUUCGCUUUCCAUGUUCGAGAGCAAGGAGAUUGCUCAGUAUUUGACGCUGGCGGAUUUUUAUUAUUUCAAAUGUAUCUCUGCUUUUGAAUUUCUUAAUGGUACCUGGCGAGCCGGCGCACAGGCAGGGAACACUAUGGAGUGCAACUCCUCUCCAUCGCACAGCUAUGUUCUCAGAAUGACGAAAAGAGCAAAUAUGUUGAGUCGCUGGGUCGCCCAUGAAACACUGGUCGCCAAAGGCAUGAAACAGCGUCGCUUAAUGAUGAGAAAAUUCAUUGACGUGGCAAGGCUCUGCCUCGGUUGGAACAACUACCAUACUGCCAUGGUGAUUGUGAUGGGUCUCAAAUCAAACAGCGUUCAGAAAUUGGAGGAGGCAUGGCAGUCCAUGCCCAGUCGAGAUUUAGCCACCAUGAGGUCGCUUGAAAAGCUUCUGGACGUUUCCGGCAACAUGCGUCCCUAUCGAACAGCUUUCUCAUCGGCCAAAGCACCUGCAAUUCCUUUCUUCCCCAUUGUACUCAAAGACUUGACGUUCUUUGUCGAAGGGAAUAAGACGUACUUGGAGGACAACUCGACGGAUGUUGCAAGUAGCUACACUUCCAUGAAGGAUACACGACGACCGUCGCCUAAUGAGCUCUCUUUGAUCAAUUUUGCAAAGUUCCGUACCGUGACUCGGUUUGUCACCAGCAUGCUUGCUCUUACUUCUGAGAACUACUCCUUCGCAGGCUUGUUGGAGACCACGCCGUUCUUCAAUUUGACCGCCGGUUUCGGAGUAGCACCCGACAUGAACACCUCCAUAGGCCCACUCGAUCUUUUAGCACAAACCAUCGAAAGACGUAUUCAAAUUGUACCAACAAGUCAUACCUCCUCAUAAUGUAGUAUUUCACUUAUAAUAUAUUCGUAAUGCAUGAGGGCUUUGUUUAAAAAUUUCCAAUA